CGAGUUCGUUGGUUUGUUACGGAUUUCGGUGAUAAAAUUAAUUCUUAUUUAUCCGUGUUGUUAUUCAUAAAAAGUGUGGUUUAUGCUUACGACCCCGUGCAGUUUCAGUAAUCGCUUCAAAUCUGGAUGACAAUACAAUGAUCGCGGCAUCUGAACCGUUGGAGUUUGUGCCGCAUGGUCGUACCGUGCUAGCAAAGCAUCCUGAGCAAAUCUACGGGAAGGCCAACUCCUCGACGUCUGAGAACUCGCUGCUGUAUAAGUUGACCAACUUUGCAAUCAAGGAUGAGAGCCUGCUUGAGACUAAAGAGGAACAGGAGUGGUGGUGUGUUCGAGAGGUCUACUAUAAUGCUAAGGAUGAUUUCGAAGAAGACCCACCAAGCCCUAAAGACACCAAAGAAGAUAUGUCCGACUCUUUCCAACCAACAAGCCGUCUCAAACAUGAUUUCACCAUAUCUAUCAAAUCAGAAAUGUCCGGAGUGAAGCGAAUGGAUACGGAACCUCCAUCAGGACCAUCUAGAGCGAGCAGUGCAAACAGCUCAAGUAAUAUAUCGAGACGGUUUAAGCUGGAUAAUGGUCAGGGCGCUCCGAGGAAGAAGAAGUUCAAUCCGAAGACUGAUUGUUGUUACGAAGAAGAGUUGUAUAUUAAGGGAUGCACGGCAGUAUGGUCUAAAGGUCUAAUUUCCACACCAGCUACCAAGCUAUCCUCCGCAGAGCACCGAGAAACCAUCGCCUGCUACACCAUAGACAACCCAAUCCAGCAUGCCACCUUCGCCGACUUCCACAUCGCCAUAAACAAUACCAUGCUCCUAGACGCUCUGAACUCACAGAUCGGAGAUGUCAAAAAAAAUAUCAAGAUAGAAGAUUCUACAGCACAUCUCACGACAACUGUCAUGCCUUCGAUUUUACUCAUAGACAACAAAUGCCUCAGAGUAUAUGCUAUGGAUGGCAGGGAAUAUAUGACCAGUAUUCCCUUUCAAGUCAAAAAAGUAUGGCCGAUGAAGUAUGGAGUGCUUUUCGAGAAAGAAGCGACGCAAUUAAUGCAGAAUUCUAUGCUCCCGACUUCAUUCUCAAAGCUUAACGAGUCUUAUAACAGUACGUUUUCGAAAUCGAAGACGUUUGGGAAUAUGAGCGCUAAGCUAAGACAAGAGUCUAUUUCAGGUUACGACCAAGAUGUGCCUUUACCUACGUGCUUCUCACUGAGCCAUCCUUUAGAUGAAGUGUGCCCUAUUUUAAUGAAGUCACCAUCUCAUGGCCUACAGUAUUAUAACGAUGGCGAUUUACAGAUAAUCUUCGUUAGCACAGAGCCAAGUAUAAUCUUACUAUACGAUUGUAAACUAGCAACUCAUUCAUUAUGGAAAAUUCGGAAAACAACUCGAGAUGAGUGUUUGUCAAUGUGCCCGAAUUUGAAUUCAACUACAACUGUUUUCAGCCAAUCGGUUGAUUUUGGAAGCCCGAUGCAUAGUAAUAUAGGCCGGAACACAACUAAUCCGUUGACAGGCAGUCCGUUCCAUUCAAAACGACUUGGCACUCCGUCCCGAUCAAGGCUUGACAGUCCGUUAGCAAGUGUUUUUCAUCAGCAAGGCUUGUCACCGCAUCAUUCGAUCGGUCAAGCAUCGUCUACAUCCAUGAUGGCGAGCAACAAUGUUCAAACACCACCGACUCUGCCUUUGUAUCCGGAUAUCUGCCUCGAUCACAUUUGGACCGACAGCCAAACUAUCCGUAGAGAUCCCAUAGAAAACUCAACCGAUAUGAAAACGUUUCUACAUACAGAUUUAGUCAGGCACGAGUAUUUAUGUUUCAUGGUGAAGGUAGCGGGUGUGAGUAAGUUACAGAUACUGAGGCUUCAGAAGAGUCAUUCACAAGGGCAGUUGUGUAAGACCAAUUUGAUAGUGGGUACGAUAUCAACAGUGUUGGCGAAAGAUGCUGUGGUGCUGGAACAUUUGAACAUGAUAGCGUUGAUUGAUGAAUCAGGGAACAUUAUUUUGCAGAGUGGGAAUCAUGUUGUUGGGAAGGUUCACGUAGGUGGCGUCCUAGCCCGCUUAAUAGACUCACCAUACACAAAACGCUCGGCAUUCCAAUCGCCGUUCCCUAGGCGCAGCAGCUUGCUACCGUCGCGCUGUAACGAGACCUUUGACGACUCGGCGCUACAUUUGUUGUCGCCCGUACCUCAUUUGUCUGCGUUUAGAGUGGAGAAAGAGACUUUAGGUCUGAAAGGUAUAACAAACGCGUGUGGGGCCCGAGCAACUCUAGUAUUCGACAACGGUUCGAUGUACCGCAUUUCUCUGCCAGUGGUCGCCUGCUCAAGAUUAUUGGAAUGUUGUCUAUACGCGUUACAGGCUUUACUGCCUAACGAUAUAACUAUGCAGGUGAUUAUAAAAUGGUACGGCGUGCGCAACGCGCCCGGCACGCAAGAUCUCACACCACAGCAAGAAUGGUCCAUGUUCUCCAACCUUCUGCUCUCGCUCAUAGGAUACGACGUCGAAAAUCUCUCCCAGUCACAUUGCGACGAACCCGAAGAAGAGGUAGCCACAAAAAAACAGAGAACAUCCAGCGACGGAACCGCCGAAGACUGGGAAUAUCUCCUCAACUCCAAACUGCAUAAAGCCGUUGGGAACUCAUUAUCCACAAUAUUAAACAUGACUUUACCUCCCGGAGACGCGAAAAGAAGGCUAAAAAAGAAAGAAACUGAAAAACAAACUCAGUUCAAUACUAACGCGGUUCUUUUCCAAUAUACUGUUCAAGUUCUAUACGCUUUCCAUUUGAUAUAUGAAGAAAUAAAGUUAAACACUUUAUUAUUCAGUGAUCUGAAACCCUUAUCAGCAUUUUUAUAUCAAAUAGCUAAAGACCUUCGUCUUGAUGGUUACGUUAAUCAUUAUUGGCUGGAUUUCCCGACAGACUUCAGUAUUGACUACAAUGUUGAUGACUCGCAAAUUACUGAGAGCGUUUUCACGAAGUUGUCUCAGCCGAAUUAUUUUAAUAGUGAACCGCCGAGUAUAUUUAGCUAUCUGAACGCGAUGAUGAAGGAUGUGGAUGUCGGAUACUAUCCGUAUUUGACGGAUGUUAAUGAGAUGUCUAAGGAUCUAAUUGAGAUAUUAUCCAUCGUGGGCAAUGGACGAAACUGCGGCGUUCAAACAAUAUCGCGACGAGACAGUAUGGCGGCCAGUACACCUCGGCAGCGCCGCGGGAACACGCACUACCAAGCUGUACUAGCCAUGGUUGAGAAAGGCCUAACCCCCCGCGACCUAGACAACCUGCCCCCCGCAUUAGCGCUAGCGCUGCUGAGCGUGUGCGCGCGCUGCAAGGCCGCCCCUCCCCCCGCCUGGCCUCCCGCCGCGUGCGCGCUGGCCAUGCGCGAGGACCUGGCCGCCGAGCACCGCCACAAGCACGAGUACAUGGAGUCUCUCGCUCUGGAGGUCCUAGAGAAAGAGACAGCAUACUCCUUAAACAGUGCGCCCUCAGAGGAGCCUCAGUCGAAGAAUGAAGACAGUGACACAAAUACGGGAAUGGAGCAUCUUAAUACUAAGCUGCUGAGCUUACUGUAUCCUAGGGACCACAGAAUGGCAGAAGUAUUCAACCUGCUGCAAUCUUCUAUACCUGUGACCAUAGACUUGACGCAGCGGCCAGAAGUCUCAGACCACGAUUUUAUCGAGGAGCAGGAGAAGCAUCUCUUCGCUAUUAGCACAAGGACUAUGGCACUGCCUGUCGCCCCUCACACGCUGCUGUGGCCCAACUUCCACAACGGCGUCGCCGCGGGGCUGGCGCUCGUGCCCAUGACCGGGACUAGCAUUGAUUCCAGUUGGGUCGUCUAUAAUAAACCUAGGGGCACCCAAGAAAUGUCAACAGAGCACGCCGGCUUCCUCAUGGCGUUAGGGCUGAACGGGCACCUGAAAGACAUGCCCUUCAUGAACAUGUACGAAUACCUCGUCCGCUGCAACGAAAUGAUCAGCGUCGGGCUUCUUCUAGGCAUCGCUGCUACUUACAGAGGCACCAUGGACCUCCAAGCCACAAAGAUGAUGAGUAUCCACCUUGAAGCGUUACUACCACCAACUCACGUCGAACUCGACAUACAGCACGGAAUAUUAGUAUCAGCAUUACUGGGACUAGGUCUGGUGUACCAAGGAACACAACACGCUCAUUUGGCACAAGUUCUAUUGUUGGAAAUUGGCAAGCCACCAGGGCCCGAGCCAGAAUCCUGCGCCGAACGCGAGGGCUACGCUCUCGGCGGGCUAGCUCUCGGCCUAGUCUGCGUUCGAGCCGGUAAAGACGCGCAACCACAGCACGCGACAGCUUUACGGACGUACAUGCUUGGUGGGGAACGAGUCACCAAGCCAGGCGCCCAACGUGACAAAUUCAAGCAAAGCUCGUCCAUCCGUUCCGGCGGGGGUGUGAAUCUCGACGUGACGUCACCCGGCGCCACGCUUGCUCUGGGCCUCAUCUACCUGCGCUCAAAUAAUGAAGCCAUUGCUGGCUGGCUAGCGCCGCCCACUACUGCGUAUCUACUGGAUUUUGUACGCCCUGAUCUGCUCAUGUUGAGGAUCAUCGCUAGAGGCCUGAUAAUGUGGGACAGUAUAGAAGCCAGUGAAGAGUGGAUUGAGAACCAGGUGCCUUCCACCAUCAGACCUUACUGCUUCGUCAAGCCGACUGAUGAGAACAUCGACUAUGAAGCCAUGAACCAAGCCUACUGCAACAUAGUAGCCGGCGCGUGCUUCGCUCUCGGUCUCCGUUUUGCCGGCUCAGGUGACGAAGACGCAAGAGACGCGGCCCUACACUACACUAGACUCCUACUCACUGUCCGGGGCAAAAGUAUAGCAGAACUUGCUGGUCGUUCUACGCUAGAAGCCUGUCUAUGCGUGUGUCUACUGUCGGCGGGAAUGAUAAUGGCGGGUCGCGGCGACAUCGCCGUGCUCCGCUACUGCCGCCGCCUGCGCGCCCGCGUGCCCGCGCCGCCGCCCGCGCCGCAGCCCGCCGCCGCGCCCGCGCCCGCGCUCACGCACGGCGGACAGAUGGCAGUCCACUGCACCAUCGCUUUGUUCUUGGGGGGAGGCCGGGGCACGUUAAGCACGGCGCCCGAAGCGAUCGGCGCGCUCGUGGCCGCAUUCUUCCCCAAGUUCCCCACACACAGUGAGGAUAACAGGUAUCAUCUUCAAGCAUUUAGACACCUCUACGUGUUGGCUGUUGAGCCCCGACUCAUUCUACCCAGAGACUUAAGCACAGGGAAACUAUGCUACGCACACAUACAGGUGAUCGACCUUGAAGGUGCCGUUCGCGAGAUGAAAGCACCCUGUAUCAUCCCUGAACUAGACACACUGAGGGAGGUGAGGGUCAACGACCCCCGGUACUGGCCCAUUACGUUCCAGAGAGAUAGAAAUUGGGACCAAUUGAAAACAUUCCUAGAAUACACGUGGUGCAUCGAUAUAAAGCAGCGGGCGGGCUGUCUGUCGUACCUGGACGAUCCCCACGGGUUCCUCUCCAUCCUGGCACAGACCCUCACCCUCGACAAUACCAACAUAUGGUCUGUGACUCCAGAGAACAUUGAGCUCUUCACUAAUGAUGAUAAGGUCCGUAACUUCGUAAAACACUACCUGUCGAAAGACAGUACAUCUUCGAUAUGCGCAGAUUGUCUGCUCAUACAGAAGAAACGGAAAGGAUUGAAGAACGAAAGCUUUUUGCCUAAGCAGUGCAUCUGUAGGACUUACAGCCGUGAGGAGCGCGAAUAUGUCCAGAGUCUCAGCAUGGUGACGUAUGAGUGUGUUGUCAAAGACAUACUCUGCGCGCUGCCCAUAUGGACCACGUUCUUGAAGAUAAUAAAAACAAUGAAAACGGACCCCUCUACCUACCACAUCUGGCAAGUCAAGCUUCUCCUCUCUCAAAUAGAAGCCCACAACAAGCGCGCGCUCAACGACAUGAAAAUCGACGGACAAGAACAUAACGAACCUCUCAUGUCUAGCGAAUUCACAUUAGCUAUCAAGCAAAAAGUCGCACACAUAUUCGAUAGCUGGGAACACAAAAUAACACCCUACUUAAAGAAGUAUCUAGGAUUACCUAGUACUAGAAAGAUAUCUACCACAGAUGACGAUAUAAAGAAGAUUUUAUGCGCGUUCCUGAUAUUCCAUGAUUUGCCGCGGAAUGUGUUGAAGGGCGUGGAUUGUGAGCUGGAAGGGGUUUUAGCGUUGGAAGGGUUGAAUCUGAGUGUUGAAGCCGUUUAUAAGGUUGAGUCGUUGUUGAGGUGAUAAAUGUGAAAUAUAACUCGAAAAUAUACGUUACUGUUUUUUUUUUUAAUGUAUUUACCACAAUU